AUGCAAUCAUCACCCGCACCAUCCACGCAUGAUCCUGCAGAUGACAACGAAACAUCGAACAUCCGGUCGCUUCCCACUCUGACUCGAUCCCUCAAUGUGGACCACGACGCGCCGUAUAUUCAGUCCUGUGCAGAGACCCAACCGGAGCUACAGCUUAACGUUCAGUGGCGUCGUGUCAUGCUGGAGCGUGGCGAAGUCAAACGCCGUGCUGUCGAGAUUAACAAUGCUUUGGCCCGUCAACUUGCGCUGGCCUCGUUCGAGAUCGCUGUGAAAGAAGAACUCAUAGCAAGCUUGCGGGGCCUUCCGCAACAUGUGCAACUCGAGCAUCAGGUUAAUCAACUCAGGGACGAGCCUAAUGUGUCUCGUUCCACCGUCUGUGGUUUACAAGAUGACAACCAGUCCCUACGAUAUCAAUUGGAAAGGGUCGAGAAUGACCGGGCGCUGCAAAUCGAGACAGCCCUCAUCCCCGAGUCGUCCCGCCAUAUUCAAGAUAAGGGAGCAUAUCGGGACAAGAUCCACAAUUUGCAGCUCGCAAGGGACACCUGCGCAGAUGAUGCAAAUGCGGAUGCGCAAUCGCGAUCUGCUCAACGAAGAGAACUCCUGGACACCCUCCAGCGACUCAAUGAGAGCAAGGAUACGGCUGAGAGGCAACACACGAAACAGCUGCAGGCACUGAAUGAUCGCAUACAAGCUAGUACGACCUUAGUUGCAGACCAGCAAGCUCUUCUCGAUGCAGAGCUGAAGGAUAGGGACAAAUGGAUGUACAUGAAAGAAAAACUUGCGGGUGAAAUUGGCGAGUUGGAGCAGGCGGUGGAGAAUUUGCAAGAAAAGAAAUACCAAACUGUCCAGCAGCUCGAGCGUGCGACCGCACUCCUGAACGAAUGCACUGCAGCGAGAAAAAGGGUCGAACAGGAGGCAGCGUCAGAGAUCGCUGAUUUGCAGCCUGAUAUGGAAUUGGUGGACAAGCGGCAAUCCGAGCGGGCCUACCAGGAAUUGCGCGACUUUGGGGAUCCGCUGGCUGAAAAGAAGCGGCGAUUGGAGGACGAAAUGGUCGCUCGACGGGCUGAGCUGGAGCGGAUGAGGGCCGCAUUGUCUGCUUUGGCGGCGGAUUGGCAGGACGCGGAUGUUGACGCACGCGGAACGUCUGAGGCGCUGGUAACCGGUGCCACGCAGAAGCAAACUUGUCGGUCGUCUGUCAUGGGGAAGGAAGUUGGUACACAUCAACUCAAGGUCGGUUACAGGACACGAUAUAAUCCUGCGGACGCUCAUGGCAUACAGAACGUUUCCCGAGGGGACAACCGGUCAGGCCGCGUGGCUACUCCGCGGCCCCCGAGUCUGAACUUGGAUGGACGAGGCAAGGUGGCAAUGGACGUGGACGAUCAGGGCUUGGACCUCGAAGAGCAUGAAGCACCGCGCCCAUCCCACGGGGCAGCAGAAUGCCCGACAAAUCUGGUAUGCUCGAGUUCAAUCAUACCGGGCUCUCUGCGAUCACUGACGGAGAAUGAUAAGGGUUCUGUGGCCGGUACGCCGAAGGGACGGGUCGCAUCUGGUACGCCGGGCAGACGGGUCGCGGCGGGUCUCAACAUGCCCAAACAAAAGCUCCGAGGGGUCGAUGUCGCUGACCAUUUGACCGCCCUGGAUCAGUUCAAGCUGGGCUCGCCCCUACGGACACCGUCUCCGCGCAAACGCGGGCCCCGCUCGGCGAAGGGGGCGCAUGACGGACAGCACACGCCGCGCUCACGGCAUAGCCCGUACUCGAGAGAAGCGCGUCCUUCUAGAUACGGCCGCGUUGGCGAUAUGGGGGAGGACUGUGACGCCGAUGACGAAGAGGUACCCCGGCGCAAUAGGGAGAGACCCAGGUCGCAUCCUACUCGGAGCAGACCAUUGCGCCGUGCCAAGUUCGAGGACGUCAACGACAUGGACGACGACUACGACUACGACGACUACAACGACUACGACGACGACGGCAACGACGUAGAGCCAAAGACGCCCGUUUCGCGCAUCGCUCGCAGGUUCCUCCAGGAAAAGAUUGCUCCUGGUGCGCUGUACGCCCCGCAGACCAUGAAGAAGAACUUCAACAAUCUUGUACUCGGCCUGAUCCUACGAGGGAUGGGCAUACAAUUGGUGUAUCAUGUUGUCGCGCUGGAACCCGUCAGUGACGAGGAGCUUGACGCAUUCCGACGAAAUCCUAGGUCGCACGGGCCGGACCUGGAAGACCUGAGGCUCGAUACCAACGGCCUUGCGACCACUGAUGAGCUGUCUGGGUCAGCAUGGAACCAGCGCGUGGCGAAGUUGCUUUGCGGGAAAGUCAAGGAGAUAACUGACCGGGAUGGCGGUGAUGGGCGCUUCGGAGUCGUUGACGCCGACAGGAUCAAGCGUGGUGUUGAUACCCGCCUCGGUCGCAUGUACAGGUUGAUCGCGUCUGUAGUGCCUCAGGCAGGCGAAGACGUGGUCGACGCGAUAGCGAGGUUCAGGGAGGCGCACCAAGCUUACAAUGAUCAGCGUCGAGUCACAACGAGCAGGCAGACGAAAGCCCUAGCUCGUCUGCGGUACGCAGGCGUCCUGCGCACCGCAUGUAGGGUUAGCAACAAGCCGGAGGCGCUCGCGUACUGGUCCUAUGUCAUGAGGGCGGUGGAAGCACUGGGCUUUGAGGGGAUGUCUGACGAGGAGACCGACUACGAAGAGAUAGAGCACGACAGCGGCGUCGUCACCAAGAGGCGAUACCACAAGGUCCUGAAUCCCGUCUGGCGCCGCCCCGAGCUCAGGGAUCUGUUCGCGAAGGUGGAUGAGGCUCCAGCUCUGGCGCGGAUGUAUUUUGAUAAGCGGGCGGGAGCGAAGACGCCGAGGGUGCGAGUUGACGAGGCGAGCGGGCAGGCGCCUCCGAAGCGCAUUCCGAAAGCGUUAUAUGACCCGGUUUGGCUCGAAGCUCAGGGCGAACUUGUCGAACUGAUGCUGGAACUGACCGACGAUCCCUUCGAGAUCUUCCAGGCUGAUGCUUGGGCGGAAGAGUCUCACAUGCGGUACCCAUCCGCUUUGAACACAGCGCUGAGCAAAUGCCGGUGGAGCAAACCGGAGGAGAAGGAAGGCGCUCAGUCGAACAAUGGGGAUCGGACGGGACUAACCGGGCAUCUUCAGGGCACCAUCGAAAGCUCGUAUGACCUUGCUGUGCUUCCGAACCGCAUCUGGCGGAUGGUGGACUGUUGCCUCCUAGAAUCGGAACCGGGGGUCGUGCUGGUCGGGGUGUCGCCUUGGACACAUUCUCCCUCUCCACAAGUCAAUUGUCGGACCGCAGUACAGGAUCGUCGUCCUCAGCUGGGCAAGCUGGAGAAUGCGAAGGACCUGGAGGAAGCCGGGCGCGCGGGGCUCAGCUUACGACCAAUUAGCUUGAACGACUCCAUCGAGGACAGGCGGCAGGGACAGGAGCAGGUACACCCUCAUCUCGUGGAGACGGGCCGACGCACGGAGGAGCUCGCGAAGAGCAUCUUUGUGGAGAAGAGCGAUACCACCUUCGGCGAUGAGAGGGACGAGGACGAGAAGCCCUGGGAACUCAAGGAACCCGUCGGGUUGCUGGCCGACUACCUCUGCGGCGAGGAUGUCUUUGGUGAUGCCCCUGCACCGUCAUUGCGGACAACAUCAGCUACACUGCGCUCCAUGAGCACCCAUGCAAAGGACAAGGACCCCUCGAGACUCGGGCCUCGCUCCUCCCUCAUCAAGGAGCUCCUCCACCGUGUCGAGGCUUUCGGCGCUUGGCCCGACCACGAGGAGGAAGAACUCCACCUCCAGCCUCAUCCACAGCGCGCUCGUUCUCUCCGAGACGAAUACAUCGAGGUCCUGACCCCACGAUUUGUGAGCCCAAGACUGCGAGUGACGACUGAGUGCUGUCGUAGUCCGUACGGUGGUCGAGGCGCGUGCUGGCAGAUCGUCAGGCAUGAUUCCGCGAAGCGGAGUCGUCGGGCCACAGCGAGCAUCGUUCAACAUAUCCAGGAACGUCGUCGUCCUUAUCACAGUGUCAAGGCGGGCACGAGCCCUUAUACCCGACAAGGUUAUGCAGUGCUCAACCGAUGCCGUCAUUCGCGGCUCUUGCCCAGCGUUCGCUACGGCUGGGUACUCAACAACCUGCACGUCUUAUCGGCUGAGGAGUGGUGCCUGGACGAAGUACGAAACUGUCUCGGCGACAUUAUUUUCCUCUUAAACGCGCCGACAAUCAUCGCUAUGAUCUCGACGCACCGAGGGCGGGAUGGUCUAAAGGCGCGCCUUGUUCGGCUGGCAUGGGGUCUAUACACGUUCAGGAGGAUCAAUAAGCUAGUCAUAGUACACCUGAAGAUCCUGUCCGCCAACCCCCUGCGCGCGUCAGGCGUGAUCGGGAUGACUAUCGCUCUUCGCAAGCCUCUGAUGCAGGCUCGCAGUCUGCAGCACGAUGCGCACAGUAGAAGUUCCCAAGUGCCUGGCGUCACAGAGGGCUCCUCUCUAGGGCCUACAGAUCAGUCUAGCGACAUCCUCGAGGACAACCGCCUUGCCGUCGAAGAAGCUGGCCACGAUCUGGCUGCAGCGACCGUCUUACAGAUCGGCGAGGUGCCGCGCUCAAUACGAGGCUACGCGAUGGCAGGGUUCAAGGAUCGCUCGACCACCUCGCAGCAACAUCCCUCCACAUCCCAGGUGGAAGCACGCGACCGCUCUCCAUGGACGUCUUUCCUCACCGACGCUCGCUCGCGCAAUAAGGCGACGGAGAAAGCUAGAAUAGCAGCGGAGUCCGUGGAGACGGCGCUGCGCCAAUGCGAACGCAUGUUACGCGCUAUAAAACCGCAUGAUACCCGCAACUUCAUCGCGGCGACUAUGUCCAGCGUCGAGGAUGUCGUUCUAAACCAGCGCGAAAAGCUCCAGAAGAUCACGCGACCUGAGGCUACAGAGGCCGUCGGACGUGCGGUUGACGUUUUAGAAGUUGUGGAAUCACUUCUUGAGGCGCAUAGAUUGUUGUACCCUGAUAUGACCCCCUUGCGCGUGGACAAUGCGCAUCUCCGGAUGGAAGCGUUUGACGAUCUACAACCCGCGACGCUGGUUGCCCAUUGCUUGGCGUUGACAUCCCGUAUAUUUCACGGCUGCAGUCGUGAGGGCGCAAACAUCAUCCUUAGGCUCACGAAGCUCUUUGGUCAUUCUUUGGUCUUCCUGGGCGACGGUCCGAACAUCCUACAGCGGCGCGCCCUGCGAGACACCCCUAUCGAUGUUCGCACGGUCGAGAAGCGUGUCAACCUUGGUAUACGGACAAUCCCCUUUGCCGUAUGCCCUUCUUGCCGUUGCACGUACGAGCCAAGCUACGUGCCGCCCUCAAGUAAACCUCUGUAUCCCGCAAUAUGUCGCGAGGACACCGGAGACGAGGCAGAAACGGAAACACUCUGUGGCACCGGACUAGUCGAUGAGACAGGCUCGCCCAAAGAAAUAUUCGAGUAUUAUCCCUUCUUCGACUGGUUCGGGCGCUUCAUCGCGCUUCCUGGUAUCGAAUCUUUGGGCGACCGCUUUUGCGAACGAAUCGAUAAACAGCAGGCCAUACCGGCCGAGAAACGUGGAGUUGAGGAUGGCAGUCUCAUACGCAGCCUCCCCGCUCCUGGUGGGAACGGCCGGCUCUUCGUGGCGCAUAGGGGCUCCGAGAAGCGAUGGCUAUUCGCGCUCCACGUUGACUUCUUCAAUGCGGAGGGCAAUCGCCUACGAGGUCGCACGGCAUCGACCGGUCACAUUGUAAUGACCUGUUUGAACCUUCCCCUGCACAUGCGCAAUGAUGAUGCCUACAAAUACCUUGCAGGUGUCAUCAGAGGUCCGCACGAACCGAGCGCGAAAGAGGGGCAGAUCCGCCAUUACAUUCGUCCCCUCAUCCAAGACAUGAAGCUCACCUACACCAGAGGCGUCCGCUUUCGGUACUCAGGAUGUUCGGAGCUUCACCGUGCAUCCGAAGACCUCGCCUAUCGUCACAUCCACCGUAUGGUCAUCGCCGCGUUUAUAGCCGAUUCAAAAGCAGCGCGACCGGGCGGCGGGCAACUGGACGUCACGUCUCAUCACUUCUGCCACAUCUGUCGGUGCUGGAUCUUAGCACAUCUUGGCCGCGUCGAUUUCGAGAACUGGGUGAAGAUCAGCGACGUAAUCCUCCGAGCGGCGGCGAAGCUUUGGAAAGCAGCCCCUCGGAGUGAGCGAAAGGCCAUCGAGGAACAAUACGCUGCACGAGACUCAGAGUUCUGGGAAUUCGAUUACUGGGCACCUACGCGGCAGAUUGUUGUCGAUCCCAUGCACACAUGGUUUCUGAUCGUCCUGCAGCGUUUCUUUCGGGAGGCUAUGUGUCUGGACAGUAGUCCAAAGAACUCGUUCCUGCAGAGACGACCUGCGUUCUUUUACGACUUCACUCCCCCACCCCCGCUCUCCCCCCCACCGCCCUCCUCAUCUUCCGCGGCGACGGCGGCGCCGCCGCCGCCUUCAACUCCUGCGCCACCAUCGGAAGCUACUCCAGCUCCGACAUCCAACGAGAGCACUGAGGAUGCGUCAUAUCGCACCGCAGUCCAGACUGGCUUGAUCCAUAGAUAUCUGGUUGCUCCUAUAGAAGACGGAGGAGAAGGCAAACUCGCCAAGAAGCUGCAGGGCCAAAAUAUGUCAGCUCUUGUUCGCGUGUGCUUGGAUGUACAGAAAGAGACUCGGAAAUCGAAGAGCGAGAUACAGAGCAUGUCUAAACAGGAUCUAAUCGAAGUCCUUGUAGCAUGGAGGAUGACGAAACCAUUUGCUGCAUUGCCUUGGACGGUGAUUCCCUAUGACCCUACAAUCAACAUGAUUCGACGGGUCAUUCGAGAGGUCAGCGUGCCUACUUGGCUAAAAGACAAACCACCGUUAGACCUUGGCGAAGCGAGUGCAGGAACGUUGAAAGCGAAUCAAUGGCGUUGGCUAUACCGAUUAUACGUCCCUCUUGCCCUGAUCCACAUGUGGCACCCGAACUCUCCGUACGCCAUACCCAGCGCACACGAUAUGAAGCCGAUACUCGACAUGAACAUGCAAUUGACCAGCAACACUAUCCUGGUGGUGAAGCAUAGUGUCACGGACGCGGACCAGGCGAUGUUUCGAGAGCAAUUGAGGGACCAUAUUCUGGGUCUUCGCCGUCAUUUUCCGGGCUUCAUAUUCCCUGGCUACCAUCUUGCCUUCCACAUACCAGACUUCAUGUCCCUCCUGGGACCUGCUAGAAACUGGUGGUGCUUCCCCUUCGAGCGUCUUGCAGGUAAACUUCAGCGAAUCCCAAAGAGUCACAAGAUAGGCCAAAGUGAACACACGAUGCUACAUUCUUUUGUUAAGGGCUCUAUAUUCCGGCAGUGGCUUCUGCGACCCGACGUGCCGCCCAUACUCAAAUAUUGUCGGUCUUUGGUUGACAAAGCGUACCGCUUCGUCGGGGCGAAGUGGUCCGAAAAUGCCACAGUCGAUGACGACGCCGAACAUGCGGACGAUGCGGACGAUCUGAGCGACGUGGAUGACGAUGAAGAUGUGGCCGACGAAGUGUUCGGUGACUUCGACGCCAAUGAAAGCAGGCCCAAUGACGAUCCACUCGUGGUCAGACGGUCUCACACGAACGUCCCCCGAGAUCUGCGCGACUUGGUCGGCGCUGCUAGCAUCGCCUGCUAUAAACGCGCCUUUGCUCCGAAGGGAUACUAUAGCACUCAAGGAAGCAAUAGGCAUAUCUGCGUCAGGUCUACGCGUCCGGAUCGAGCCGCGCAAGGGAGUCUUCGAUUCGCCGUGCAGUACGCCCGCGUCCUACCUGAUAGCCAUCUCGACGCCUUCGCUCGAUACUGGAACAUGGGAUUCGAGGCUAUACGCACAUCAUCGCAGUACAAGAACACAAUGGGCAUCAUCGAGCCGCGGCAGGUAGUAGGGCAGGCAGCGAGAUGGGACCUGGGUGACGGGUCAGCUGUCUACGUGAACUUGAGUGACACUUGCCAAGGAGAUGGCUCGGAAAUCGCGGUACUCAUGAUAGCACGAUGA